CACCUGCAGACGUGAGAUACAUACCAUCUUUUUAUAAAGAAAUCCUACAUCAUUUCCAAACCUCAAAAUGAAGACUGGAUUCGUAUCAAUGAUUGUGGCCGCAAGCGCCAUCGCAGUCUCUGCCACCAAUACUGAGGCCCACUUCUACUUGCAAGACGACUGUAAGAAUGAGGUGCAGAUGACUAACCACGUACUAGCCGCUGGCGAUUGUAUUCAGGUGACCUCGGGCUCUGCAUCUACAUACAGUUAUGUGCGAAAGAGUCACGUAGACAACGAAGCACUACUAUUCGCAACUUUGAAGGAGUGCGAGUACUAUCCAGAAGAGUUUGAUCGCGACCUGGAAGUAGCGUUUAUCAGAUCCAACAUAGAUGCAUCGUGUGUACCUUGCGUAGGCUGCCACAACGUCAAGUCUGUCCUUAUGAAACGUACGGAUGAGAUCUCGGCCAAGGCUACCGACCCAGGAGCCGGCAACUCGAACAGCGCAACAACCGCUUCAGUGUCUGUGGCUUCAAUGGCUGUGGUCGCAGUAGCGGCCGCUUUCUUGGCAUAAGCGGGAGUCUCCAACUUUCUAUGAAUCUAUUUGAAAUAACUACAGAUACAACACUUCCUCUAAUACACCCACCUACAACAGCACGAGCACGCGCUUUGUAAAUCGGUCAUGAAGUACUAAAUGCUUUCGUUGCACAGCGUUUGGAAAAUGUGGAUGGCAUGGUUUUCGCCGAUCUUGGAAAGUUGGCCCCGAGAAGCAGCUUGUAAGUACUAUAUAUCACCAGCAUGCGUGGAGUAGAGAUGAAGCAAGAAAGACGAAAGUGCUGGAUUAGGUGAUACAAGGGAGGGGUGGGACAUAUACCUUGUGGUAAGCGGUUUCAUUAUCGAGUGUUCAUUGGAACACAGUUGGCGACUGAAUACAUGUCUUUUACGGCACGGGAAGCUGUGAAAAGUACUUUGCAGGUAUGUGCAUGAGGACUUAGAUCACUUUCGGUGCUUAUAAGAGCGGUUAAACAGAUUACCACUUGACUUCCUGCUUCUCAAAGGACUAUCGACUGCUUAGCUUUUGCUGAUGGAUGCUUGUGCUCAAAACCUGAAGGCACAUUGAUGGACUUUGUGCGCAGAACCUCGACAAGAGAUUCUGAACUGAACGCAAGACAGAUGUUUAUUAAUUACAACUAAUGAAUAAAAUUACAUAAAACCAAAAGAGUACUAAACAAAAUGC